AUGCUACUAGACAUUGACGAGAAAGAUAAUGUCGCUCGCAUGGAGCGUGGGGAUCUCUACUACGCAUUUACUCCGCAGCUCGUUGCAGCUCGGAGGCGAUGUGGGCAAGCUGUUGGACGCCUCAACAGAGCAGGGGAAUUGACCCGGCGACAAAUAGCCGAGCAUUGGAAGGAUAUUACCAACAGCAAUGAACCCCUCCCACCUCAAGCAGCAACUGAGGAUGAGGAGGAUGCUGUUCUGCACGAGUACCCCUGGAUAGAGCGCCCGAUAAAUAUUGACUACGGAUACAAUGUCAAAGUUGGAAGCAAUGUCUUUAUCAAUUUCAACUGCACUAUUCUUGACACCUGCGUCGUAUCAAUUGGCUCCCGGACUCUCGUCGGGCCUAACGUGUCAUUCUUCAGCGGCACUCAUCCCCUUGACCCCGAGCUACGCAAUGGAACGAAUGGACCCGAGUAUGGUCGCCCAAUUACAAUCGGGGAGGACUGCUGGAUAGGAGGCAAUGCCACCAUUCUUCCAGGAGUGACGAUUGGGGACGGUUGCACUGUUGGAGCCGCAAGUGUUGUUACCAAGGAUGUUCCUCCAUUUCAUGUUGUGGCAGGCAAUCCUGCUCGGAUUAUUCGAAAACUGGAGCGAAAAGGCGAGCCAGCUUCGAAUGAGGCUCAGUCAAUACAUACGUAG